AUGCACCCCAGCAGCAACAACAGCAGCAGCAGCAGCAGCAGCAGCCCUUAUACACAAACACCACAUUAUAUGAAUACUGAAUAUAUAGAUAUAGAUGCACCCCAGCAGCAACAGCAGCAACAGCAACAGCAGCAGCAGCAGCAGCAAGAGCAGCAGCAGCAAGAGCAGCAGCAGCAAGAGCAGCAGCAGCAGAAAGAGGGAACACAAGAACAGGGAGAACAACAACAGCAGCAAGUUAAACAAGAAGAACAGCAGCAACAAGAGGGACAGCAGCAGCAGCAGCAGCAGCAGCAAGAAGAAACAAACCAGCAGCAACAACAACAGCAGCAACAGCAGCAACAACAAGACAGCACCGAAACAACCGCUGCUUCCUCCUCAACCCCCACAACCACCGCGACCACUACCACCACCACCACCACCACCACCCCCAGCAGCAGCAACAGCAGCAGCAGCAGCAGCAGCAGCAGGGGUCGAGAGCGUCAGUGUUUACGAGACUAUCAGUUGAUGGGAGUGAAUUGGGUUUUAAGCAGAAUGAAGCGAGACUGGAACCCGCAGAACGACCUACAAGCCGAAGCAAGAGCUCACCGCAUAGGCCAAAAAAAGACAGUACAAAUAUAUCGUUUGGUUACUAAGGAUUCUAUCGAACAAACUAUCCUAGAAAGAGCUAAAGCUAAGAUGGUUCUCGAUACACUCGUCGUUCAGGGUUUAAACAAGAGAGGUGUAGAGCUGGGGGGAGGCAGCAGUUUUGGUGGGGUUGGUGGUGUUUCUUUCUCUCGUGAGGACUUGAGCAAAAUAUUAAAAUUCGGCGCCACGAAGCUAUGGAGCCAGAGCAGGCCCAAGGGCUGCGAGCCCAGCAGCAGCAGCAGCAGCAGCAGCAGCAGCAGCAGCAACAGCGGUGAUAAAAAAGAAGAAGGAAAGACAGAGACAGGUGCUGCUGGUGCUGCUGGUGCUGGUGGUGAUGCUGAUGCUGCAGCAGAAGGGGGAGAUGGUUUCAAUGAGUUUGCUGCUGCAGCAGCAGCAGCAGAAAAGCCAGCAGCAGAAGUAGACCUCGAUGCUAUUCUAGCUGAAGCAGAACAGGAGGAGGAGAAACUGCUGCUGCAGCAGGAGCAGCAGCAGCAGCAGCAGCAGCAGAAGAAGAAGAAGAUGAUGCUGAGUUCUGGUCGCAGUGUAUACCCUCAUACGAAAGACAAAAAUAUAAAAAACAAAAUGAAGAUCAGCUUAUUAUACACGGAAAAAGAAAAACAAGAAAUGCGUUGUUUGCUUGGGGUCUGCACAGCAGCAGCAGAGGCGACGACAGCUCCGACACAGCAGCAGCAGCAACCAGCAGCAGCAGCAGCAGCAGCAGCAGCAGCAGUAGCAGCAGCAGUAGUGGUUUUGUUUAUCCGUCGGUUGGGGAUGGGGAUGAUGAUGCCUCAGCAGCAGCAGCAGCAGCAGCAGCAUCAGGAGGUGCAGCAGCAGCAGCAGCAGCAGCAGCAGCAGCAGCAGGUAGAGGCAGGAGAGGGAGAAGACCUAGAACCCUAA